AUGAAAUCAACUACCAGUCGGAAGGGACAGACGUCCAUCACUCACUUAAUGAACUUUUCACUCCCGCCUCGCCCGCAAUACCAAGCGCCAUCUCGCACCAUUCGACGUUAUACAUCCUGGGGAACAGGCCCAGUAGACAAAUCGCGAUAUGUCCAUGCAAAUUACCGAUUCAUUGUGAUGCCAAAUCAAAAUUUCCAUGCCCAGGCAGCCAAUGCUGACGUCCAUCUCGAUUGGGCCUCGGUUCUUCAGGUGUUGGUAUCUGCUCAAACCCAAGCUGCCAGCUGUCCCAUUUGUCUGUCUACUCCGGUUGCGCCUCGAAUGGCACGGUGUGGUCACAUUUUUUGUCUCCCGUGCCUUAUACGAUACAUGCACUCAUCUGACGACGAAAAUCUGGUCCCUGAAAAACGGCACCGUUGGAAGAAAUGUCCUAUCUGUUGGGACUCCGUGUACAUCUCCGAGACUCGACCUGUUAGAUGGUUCCGUGGUCAAGAAGGCGAUCUUCCCGUCGAAGGUGGUGAUGUUGUAUUGAGACUUGUAAAGCGAGAGUCAGGUAGCACCCUUGCUCUGCCUCGUGAUGUAUCUGAAACGCUUGGCGCUGGCGAGGACGUCCCAUGGUAUCAUGUGCCAGAAGUCGCUGACUAUGCUCGAAUCAUGAAAGGCGGCGAAGAAUAUAUGACUGCUCAGUAUGAUGCUGAAAUCGAAGACCUUAGCAGACAGGAAGUUGAAGACGAGCUUCUUUUUGGUGAUGAGAACACUUGGACUCGAAAGGCUAUUUGUUCUAUCACGGAUGCCAAAGAAAAGCUGAAAGGCAUUGGCAAUCCGCCUGAGAUCCGCCCGGUCAAGGAACGCAUUGCCACAAUUAUUGCCACCAGUAGCUCCUCUUCGCCCUCCACGGUGAUAGCGGCUACCCCACACCAAGCGGAUCAUCUCUCCGAAGCUAUGGAUGAAGUCCAACUUGAUCCCGGAUCUAGUGCCAAAUCUGAAGGGAAGGGCCGCAGCAAACAAACCCCGGCGUCUUCCGGAUCAGACCAUCCAUAUCAUUUUUAUCAGGCUUUGCCUCAGUUCUAUCUCUCGUCUUUGGAUAUUCGUAUCCUCAAGGCUGCAUUUGGAGAAUAUUCUCUAUUCCCUGCAACCAUUCUACCGCGAGUGGAACACAUAUCAACGGGCCAUAUCGUGGAUAAUGAGCUACGCAAGCGUGUGAAAUAUCUCGGACACCUUCCGCAGGGUUGUGAGGUAAAUUUUCUAGAGUGCGACUGGAGAGACGUGGUUGUUCCCGAGGUUUUGGCGCGUUUCCGCACAGAAACCGAUAGACGGAGAAAGCGCAAUCGGGAAAAAGAAGCCCGGGAAGAAAAGGAUCGCAUUCGCGCGGAGAAGGAGGAGGAUGACAAACGUUGGGCUGCUGCUCGGCGCAAGCGACCAAGCAUUGGAAGCGCUAGUGAAGCUCCGUUUUCUGCUCGUGAUUUCCAACCACUGCCUAACCAUGUUGAAUCGACGGUAUUCGACGCCAGCAUUUCCUCGGCCUCUCCCCCACGCCCAUCUUCUGGUUUCAGUGCUUUGGCCUCUCCUUCCACAAGCCCUCCGGGAACUCGCACCGUCUGGGGCACAACGGCAGUGGGUUCACUGUCACCAAGCCUUGGAGCUCAACGAGCCACUCCCAGCGAUGGAUGGAGGCUGGACUGGGAAGAUGAACUGUUUGCCCAGCAGGAGUCUGAUCUACUCGCUCAAACAGCAUCUGGAGACCAACAUAAUGGACCGUCGGCCAGUGGAGGCAAGAAAAAAAAGAAAAACAAGACGAAAAUUACAUUGAUGGCCACUAGCAGCCAAAGAGGGGCAUAG